CCCUGCCUGUAACAUGCCAGCCCUUUAAUGUGGAGUGUCAGGGAGACGGUGACGUCACCCUGCCCGCUGGGUGGCGUCCCCUCCAUCGGACACGAGUUCAGAGACAGAAAGGCGCUGUCAGGCUGCGCUCCACUUGGGGCUCGCUUGUCGCGGGUUUCCACGCGCCCACACUUUCUGCGGUGGAGGGGACACCCCGCCGCAACCCAGGCCCUCACUCUGCCCCCGCCCCCGCCCCCGCCGGGGUUCGGGUGGCAUUAGCUCGCGCCGGCGCCGGGAGCUUCGCUCAGCUCGCCUGAGUCCCGCCGGCCGCUGGAUUCGAGGACCCGCUUGGAUGCUUCGCCUCCGAGCGCCCUCGGAAGAUGGGCCGGCAGCCUCGCGCCUAGAGACACCGAGGGGUUACCAGUCUCCAAGGCCAACCCGGAUCGCUAAGGCCGUUCUUCAGUGGUGGAGAUGGCUUCCAGCCCACUGCCAGGGCCCAACGACAUCUUACUCGCAUCGCCUUCCAGCGCCUUCCAGCCCGACGCCCUGAGCCAGCCGCGGCCGGGCCACGCCAACCUCAAGCCCAACCAGGUGGGCCAGGUGAUCCUCUAUGGCAUCCCCAUCGUAUCCCUGGUGAUCGACGGGCAGGAGCGCCUGUGCCUGGCGCAGAUCUCCAACACCCUUCUCAAGAACUUCAGCUACAACGAGAUCCACAACCGCCGCGUGGCGCUGGGCAUCACCUGCGUGCAGUGCACACCGGUGCAGCUGGAGAUCCUGCGGCGCGCCGGGGCCAUGCCCAUCUCGUCGCGGCGCUGCGGCAUGAUCACCAAGCGCGAGGCCGAGCGCCUGUGCAAGUCGUUCCUGGGCGAAAACCGGCCGCCCAAGCUGCCGGACAACUUCGCCUUCGACGUGUCGCACGAGUGCGCCUGGGGCUGCCGCGGCAGCUUCAUCCCCGCGCGCUACAACAGCUCGCGCGCCAAGUGCAUCAAGUGCAGCUACUGCAAUAUGUACUUCUCGCCCAACAAGUUCAUCUUCCACUCGCACCGCACGCCCGACGCCAAGUACACGCAGCCCGACGCCGCCAACUUCAACUCCUGGCGCCGCCACCUCAAGCUCACGGACAAGAGCCCCCAGGACGAGCUGGUCUUCGCCUGGGAGGACGUCAAGGCCAUGUUCAACGGCGGCAGCCGCAAGCGCGCGCUGCCCCAGCCCAGCGCGCACCCGGCCUGCCACCCCCUGAGCUCCGUCAAGGCGGCCGCGGUGGCGGCGGCGGCCGCGGUGGCCGGCGGCGGGGGCCUGCUGGGCCCACACCUGCUGGGGGCGCCGCCCCCGCCCCCGCCGCCGCCGCCCUUGGCCGAGCUGGCCGGGGCGCCGCACGCCCAUCACAAGAGGCCCCGCUUCGACGACGACGAGGACUCCCUCCAGGAGGCAGCCGUGGUGGCCGCGGCCAGCCUCUCCGCGGCCGCCGCCGCCAGCCUCUCGGUGGCCGCAGCCACGGGCGGCGCCGGGCCCGGAGCCGGUGGCGCCGGGGGCGGCUGCGUGACUGCCGUGGGCGCCGGCGCGGGGGCCGGCUCGGCCGCGGGCACCAAAGGCGCGCGCAGCUACCCGGUCAUCCCGGUGCCCAGCAAGGGUUCGUUCGGGGGCGUGCUGCAGAAGUUCCCGGGCUGCGGAGGCCUCUUCCCGCACCCCUACACCUUCCCGGCCGCCGCCGCCGCCUUCGGCCUGUGCCACAAGAAGGAGGACGCGGGCGCCGCGGCGGAGGCCCUGGGCGGGGCGGGCGCGGGGAGCGCGGGGGCGCCGCCCAAGGCCGGCCUGUCGGGCCUCUUCUGGCCCGCGGGCCGCAAGGACGCCUUCUACCCGCCCUUCUGCAUGUUCUGGCCGCCGCGGACCCCCGGCGGGCUGCCCGUGCCCACCUACCUCCAGCCCCCGCCGCAGCCGCCGUCGGCGCUCGGCUGCGCGCUGGGCGACAGCCCGGCCCUGCUGCGCCAGGCCUUCCUGGACCUGGCCGAGCCGGGCGGCGCGGGGGGCAGCGCCGAGGCCGCGCCCCCGCCGGGCCAGCCUCCGCCCGUCGUGGCUAACGGCCCUGGCUCGGCUCCCCCGGCGGCCGGGGGCGCGGGGGCACGCGACGCGCUCUUCGAGUCGCCCCCGGGCGGCAGCGGCGGGGACUGCAGCGCCGGCUCCACGCCCCCGGCCGAGGCGGGGGUGACGGCCGGGGCCGCGGCCGGGGCGUCCGGAGCCGGCCCCGCGGGCACCCGGGUGCCGGCGCCCCAUCACCCGCACCUCCUGGAGGGGCGCAAGGCGGGCGGCGCCGCCUACCACCAUUCUAGCGCCUUCCGGCCGGUGGGCGGCAAGGACGACGCGGAGAGCCUGGCCAAGCUGCACGGGGCGUCGGCCGGCGCGCCCCACCCGGCCCCGGCUCACCACCACCACCACCACCACCACCACCACCCGCACCACCACCACCACCCUCCGCAGCCGCCGUCGCCGCUGCUGCUGCUGCAGCCGCAGCCCGAGGAGCCCGGGGCGGAGCGCCACCACGCAGCCCCGCCGCCCCCGCCGCCGCCGCCGCCCCCUCUGGCCCCGCAGCCGCCCCACCGAGGCCUUCUGUCCCCGGAGGGCACCAGCUGCAGCUACCCCAGCGAGGACAGCUCGGAGGACGAGGAGGACGAAGAGGAAGAGCAGGAGGUGGAUGUGGAGGGCCACAAGCCGCUCGAGGGCGAGGAAGAAGAGGACGGUCGGGAUCCCGAAGACGAGGAGGAGGAAGACGAGGAGGCCCGGGUCCUCCUCGGAGACUCCCUGGUCGGCGCUGGUCGGUUCCUCCAGGCCCGAGGGCUGUCGGAGAAGGCGAGCGGCCGGGACCGCACGACGCCAGCUGUGGGAGCUUUCCCUCUAUCGCUGAACUCCUCCAGGCUGCUACAGGAGGAUGGGAAGCUGGGGGACCCCGGGGGCUCGGACCUGCCGGCGCCCCCGCCCCCACCCUUGGCCCCCCAGAAAGCGAGCGGCGGUGGAGGCAGCAGGCCUGGCAGCCCUGUCCACCAUCCAUCAAUGGAGGAGGAGGCCUCAUACAAAGAUAAUCAGAAACCUAAGGAAAACAACCAAGUUAUUAUGUCUACAAAGGAUGACAACUUCUCAGAUAAGAACAAGGAACACAGCUUUUUCAUCACAGACUCUGAUUCUUCUGGAGACUUUUGGAGAGAAAGAUCAGGUGAACACAUACAAGAAACCAAUUCACCUCAUUCACUCAAAAAGGAUGUUGAAAAUAUGGGGAAAGAGGAACUUCAGAAGGUUUUAUUUGAGCAAAUAGAUUUACGAAGACGACUGGAACAAGAAUUCCAAGUGUUAAAAGGAAACACAUCCUUCCCGGUGUUCAAUAACUUUCAGGAUCAGAUGAAAAGGGAGCUGGCUUACCGAGAAGAAAUGGUGCAGCAGCUACAAAUCAUUCCCUAUGCAGCAAGCUUGAUCAGGAAAGAGAAGCUUGGAGCCCAUCUCAGCAAGAGCUAAAAGGUACAGCCUACCACUGAGCACUUCCGGACCUGCAGAAAGAAGAACUUCAAACCCAAAGGGCUUGGGAAUCAAAAUCAGGUUCAAGAGAAGCCAAGGACAAGUGACCUCACAGCGGCCUGGACAACCAUGUAAAAUAGACUGUGGCUGUCAUUCAUUAGGAGGGGGGAGGGGGGAGCCGACCAGAGAAGCCAAUGCUUGUCACAUCUUUUGGUGGAACCAAAGUUCGAAAAUUUGUGUUUUUAAAGCAUACCUGAACCCAGAGUGUACAAAGUGCUGUUGGCCAAGAGGCGGGGUGGGCACUCCAUGAUGGUCCCGUGUGGUCCCUGCAGCACCACACAACUGUCCUUUGCUUUUUCAGAAGUGAUCCAUAGUGGAAAGAAUUCAGAAGAACAGUGCUGGGAAUGGGGACUUGCUUUUAGACAAACCUGCUUUUCAUAGCCAGCAGGACAGAUACACGUGCCCCCCUCCCAGUACUUUGCCUGCUGUAUGAAGAUUGUAUUCCUCUGAAAAUAUUUUACAGUUUAAUAUUGAGUGUAAUUAAGAAUAUAAUCAUGUUAUCAAAAAUGGUAUUUAACUCUGUUGUAGUUUCUUUAACAUUGAUGUGGAUAAAAAGUCUAUAAUA